AUGUGUUCAGAAGUGAAUUCUUUGGAUUUGGGAGGUGAUGAAAGAACACUCUUUUCCAUCACGCCGCUUUGUCCUCUCCUACUACUUCUACAGGUUACUCCAUUGCUGAUCGACAGGGCAGAGUCUCCUAUGGGCCCUCAAACUGUAUUAUCUGCAUCCUUCCCCAGUGUUGUGUCAUACCAUAAGGAUUGGGGUAUUUUAUCUGAGGCAGAGGCCAGGAAAACUCAGAAUGCCUUGCAAAAUGGGAACUUGCUGGAGGUGGUCUCUGCUGUCCUGGAAACUGUGAGAAGAGCAUCCAGUGUACCAGUCAACAUUGCUGUGACAGGGAACUCUGGGAAUGGCAUAUCCACGUUCAUCAAUGCACUUCGAGGCAUCGGCAAUGAGGAGGAGGACUCAGCUCCCACUGGGGUGGUAAGAACCACCCUAACACGUGCCCACUACUCAUCAUCCCAUUUGCCAAAUGUGGUGCUGUGGGACCUCCCUGGAUUGGGGGUUACCUCUCAGAGCCUGGAGGACUAUGUGGUAGAAAUGCAGUUUAAUGACUAUGACUUGUUUAUCAUCAUUGUGUCUGAACAAUUUAGCAUGAAUCAUGGGAUGCUUGCUAAAAUCAUUGAGAACAUGGGGAAGAAGUUCUAUAUCGUCUGGACAAAACUGGACAUUGACCUCAGAAGCACAACUCUCAAAGGAGAGCCACAGAAGAUUAUCAGAGACAGUAUCCUGGAAAAUCUCCAGAAGAACCGAGUAUCUAAGCCCCCUAUAUUCAUGAUUUCUAGCCAUGAAUCUUCAUGGCAUGAUUUCCCAAAACUCAGGGACACAUUGCAAAAGGACCUCUCUGAAAUUAGGUGCCAUGGCCCCUUACAAACCCUGUUGUAUAACUUUGAGAAGAUCAUUAAUGAUAAAGUGGCCUACUUUCAGAAGGAAAUAGCCACAAACUCUUUCCCUAAUAUUCAGAAUGCUGAUGAUUUGACAGAGUCUCUGAAUGUUUACCGGUUGUCCUUUGGUGUGCAUGAUGGAUCUCUCCGGCAGGUUGCACAGCGCAUGGGCAAAGAAUCAUUGGAGUGCACUGCUAUCACGAAGUCCCAGGAUCUACCAGCUUUUGUCAGAGGGGACUGGGCACUGAAAUUCAUGUCUUGUAUAUUGCUGAAGAUAUGCCUCUGUAUUCUCAGCUGGUUCCCACUCUUAGGUGGUUGGGUUGUCCAUUUUGAACAUUUUGUUAGACGAAGGAAACAGAAGCGUGUUCUUGAGAUCGUUGCUGAGUACACUAAGACUGUCCUGAGAAAAAUCCUGAAAGAUUCAUUAUCUCAGGCUAGGAACCAGCAUGGGAACAGUACCACAGGCUCUUUUUCUGGUGGUAGCCACAAUAACUGGGUUUCCUUUUCUCAGGUCAAAGAGAUUUAG